UUCCAGGUUGCUUCAACAUUGUCGAUUCCUUAAUUCGCUGUUCGUUUUUAUUUUCUAGGGUUGAAGUUCACUAAUCUGUUUAAUCUACGUCUAAUCAUGUUUCAGACUCCAGUAGAUGUACAGCUGUACUAUGGAAGAGAGGUCGCAUGGUAUUCGGCGUGGACAGGACCAGUCCUACUCGAAGUGAACGCAUGGAUAAGCACUCCUACAUGACAAAGCGAGCACGGUGUGAGCACGGCUGGAAAAUAGAAACAGACGAAUGAUUUCGGUUACAUUUACCAAGCCCACAUAUGCAAUAUUAAGGUCGGAUUUCUGUUGAACAAUUUCAGUUCAUGUUAUUCAAGAUUCUAUUUCUGAGGAAUUCUUGCUUUCCUUGAAAGUGAACUUUGCACGCAUUUUUUCAACUGAGAACACAGACUGCAUGUGCAUCACUGCUAAAGCUUCGUAGUGCUGAAGUAAGAACACGAGCAAAUGACAGGAGACUAAUUUAAAGAGACCUCUUUUGUUUCAACCCUUCUGUUUCUUUUUGUUCGUUGGGCAAACGACAGAAUCAGAAAAAGAGACAGACCGAAAGAGAAAGAGAGAGAUAGAGCGAGAGAGAGGUAGAGACAGAAAGAGAGAGAGAGUCACAGGCUUUGGUGUUCUGCGUUCAUGCCGUCAGUCUUGCGGAUUCUGAGAUGGACGUGAGAUUUUAUCCAGCUCCCCCUUCAAGCGUGGGUUCAUGUACAUUACCAACUGACUCCAGUCUCACCUCUCUGGACUAUUAUCACUCCAACAAGAGCAGAUACAGCGCAGCGGAUCGUGGUGUCAGACUUUACAGUUCCCUGCCCAUGCGCCCAAACCCUGACGGGAAGAGACUGCCCUCUGCUGGGUUUGAUGGUGACAACAUGUACAUGAAUGAAAACAACCAGGAGUUCCUCUCCCCAAACCAGGUGAGUCUAGGUCAGAGUGGGGGCGGCGGUGGAAAUGGGGGAGGCGACGAGGACUACGAGAUCCCGCCCAUAACCCCGCCCAACCACCCGGAGCCCCCCCUCCUCCAUCUGAUGGACCACGAGUCUGGUUACCUCUGCCACUCCCUGCCACACAACGGCCUGAUCAACCCCUACUCCUACCCCGAGCUGCCCGCCCUCAUGAUGUCCAACAUGCUGGCUCAGGACGGCCAUCUUCUUUCCAGCCAAAUGCCCUCGAUUACGGGCGAGAAGCGUCCCUCCUCGGAGAUGAUGAAGCCCAAACCCAAACCACAGAAGAAGAAGAAGAAGAAGGACCCCAACGAGCCCCAGAAGCCUGUGUCGGCCUACGCCCUGUUCUUCAGAGACACGCAGGCGGCCAUUAAGGGCCAGAACCCCAACGCCACCUUCGGAGACGUGUCCAAGAUCGUGGCGUCCAUGUGGGAUGGACUGGGGGAGGAACAGAAACAGGCCUACAAGAGGAAAACAGAGGCUGCUAAGAAGGAGUACCUGAAAGCUCUGGCCGCCUACAGAGCCAGUCUGGUUUCCAAGACCUACGACCCGGUGGAGACGAAAGGUGCCCAGACGAGCCAGCCCUCCCCUCACAUGAUGCCAGCCAACACGUCCCUGUACAGCGUGCCACCUCCCCCCCAGCCCUCCUCGCCCUACCUGCCGCCCGGGGCCUUCCCCCUGUCCGACCUGCAGAGCUACGCGGGCCACGCCCCCCGCCACGCCCUGUCGCGAACCCUCAGCCAAUCCCAGAUGCUGCCCAGCAUUAGUGCCUCUCCCCCCUCCUCCUUCCAGAUCAGCCCGCCACUGCACCAGCAGCUCUCCCUGCACCAGAGCUCCCUCCUCAACCAGCCUAUCCGCAUGCAGCAGGUUCAGUCCCAGUCAAUCAUCUCCCACCAGAUGGGACUCCAGGCCGCCCUCCACUCCCCACCUCCUGGCCAGCAGAGCUUCUCCCACCUCCAGUCAGAAUAUCAGAAGAGUGUGGGGGGGUCCCAGUCCCCUGGAGCACCAGCCCCUGGGGGGGGCCAGAGCCAUGACUGGGACAGUGAAUACUGCAACCGGGAGUGUGGUGGCAACCACUGCAGUGGCAGCAUGAUAGGCAGGGACAAGCCACUCUACCUCACCUGAAGCUGAAGACCACAGGAUGUUAACCAGAGACCACGCCUGGGAUUCAGCCCCUCCAUCCCGACACGCUGCACACGCGCUCACACUGGCACACGCACGCAUAUGCACACACAGACAUGCACACAAACAGACACCCACACACACACUCCAUUCCCCUAAGACCCACCAACACCUUUAUGUGUUUAUGUAACAUUUCCGUUUCAGUUUUUUUGUAGAAGGAUUUGUGCAAGCUCUGACACGACGACUACUAGCGAUCAUCUUUUUCUUGUUAUUGCCAAGCACUUACUGAUGAAGGACAGGUCCCCCUCCCCAUUGAACCUGUUGUAGCAGGGUAACCACCAUGGAAAUCCUGUCAGGACCCACCCUCAGCUUUAAUUACACAAAGAAGAGCAACGACACACAAAAAAAACUCCUCUUCUUCCUCAUUUUCCUUUCAUUCUUUUUCUUUCUUUCUUUUUGUUUGUUUGUUGCCGUUUUAUUUAUUUUCCUGCUUGCUACACUGCUUUUUCUUUUGCCAAUAAGCGGUCGUCUGCUAUAGGGAGCCAGUCUUGCGGUAGGACCAGCACAGCCCUGGGUGUUACUGUAGCUUUGCGGGGUUUCUGACUUCAUAAGAGUCCACGGGGUGGGAAAGGGAAAUCAAUUCUAAUCUUUUGUAAUAUUAAAGACCUGUUACGAUGUACCAAGCUGUCGAAGUGUGAUUGUAAAUAUCACUUUUAUGGGAUACAAUUGGGAAUUGGAAGUCCAGAUAGAUUUGUUUCUUUCUUUAAUAUUACCUGUUAGUCAUUGGUUUCUUUUUAAAAGUAUAUCUUGCGAGUGUGUGCGUGUAUCUGCAUUGGUGUUCUGUAUGUUUGCAUUGGUGUGAGUGAGAAGACAGGAUAGUGUGUGUGUUUGUGUGUGUGUGUGUGUGUGUGUGUGUGUGUGUGUGUGAGAGAGAGAGAGAGAGAGAGAAAGAGAGAGAUAGCAAGAUUGUGUUCCUCGUGAAUUUUAACAGCCGGUGCAGCUGGAUCUCAGAAAAAGUAUUUCACACACUCGAUCUCGCAUUAUAUCUGUGCUCACUGGUGUGUUUUUUUCCAAUAAAGUUCAAUCUAAAACCGAAUACAGAGUAUGUGUCCUGCAGAUCAUUAAAUGGAAGGAACAAGAAGAUAGAGGACAAAAAUGAGAGAGAGUGAGAGAAAGAGAAAAGGUAGAGAGAUACAAUCACACUCACAGGUGAAAGACGUUUUCUCAAAAUCCCUGACUAUAACAUCUAAGACUGGGUUGGCUAUCUUUAUUAUCUUUAAACUUUUCUAGUCUUUUUUUUAUUUUCCAUCUGGCCAUAAUUGUCAAUAUUUACCUGCUGGACAUGCAGACGGUGACACUCUGUGCAAAUGGGAACAGCACAUCCACAUACAGUGACAGUGAGUUUCUAGGUUUCUAGUAGGUUCUUAGGUGUUCUAUUGUGUUGAUCUCAUUUUUAAGUUUUGUGAUGAAUAUUAAUGCAUUUGAUGACAAAGACAUACAGAUACAGUAUGUUAUUUUUUUCACUGUAGCAUACUUUCAUUUUAGUUGUAAUGGAAAUAUAACAUUUAAGUUGUGUAUAAACCUGCCAAUUGUAGUUAUUUUAUUUGUAAAGCCAGUACUGAUAAAUAUUUUAAAUUGUUAUCAAUUUAUUAUUAUUAUUAUUAAAAAAAAAUUGCAAGUUGCCCAUCAACGUGACAGGUUUCCUUAUUUAUGAAAGAAAUGAGAUCACUUUGCUUCUUACCAUGGAGGUGCAUUUUCAUUUGACUGUUUUUCAUUUGGUUUGAUAAUAAUGAUGAUGAUUAUUGCUUUAUUUUUUACAUUUUGGAUGCUAGCUCUUUCUUUUCUUGUCGUCAGCAUCCUUUUGUGUCACAAUGCUUCUUUGAUUUCAAAUCUACGUAAUAAAAAAGGUUAAAAGUGAA